CAUGAACUCCAUCAACCUCUACCUUGUCGUGCUCCUAGCCUUCUGGGGUGAGCUGGCACCUGUCUUUGGUCAGAAACGUCCAGGUGAGUGACCCAUUGAAUUCCUUUUUCUCCAUCCCCUCCAUAUUGCUAAGCCCCCAGAAGAAACACUCUCUAGGUCAGCCAUAGAUUAGCAAACUGCCUAUGGGUAGCUGAAAGAGUCCUCAUCUCCAACAUCUCUCCAUCUCCCCUUCUAUAGCUCUGCCUCCACUACAGACCCUCCUGCUUGGGUCAAGAGGGAACACCCUCACCCUUUGAGGAAAAAAUGGUGGGUCAAUUAUUUUAUGUUUUCAUCAUUUACAAAAAGAACUUUAUGUUCUGCCAAAGCAUUUCAAAUUAGUUGUUGGUCAAAUAUAGAUAUUACUGGUCACUUUUUAGCAGCGAAGCUGUAUUGUUCUCUUUCCACGUGUUUUUAUGAUGCAUUUUUGUGCUAUUUAUGCUCAUUUACACUGUUUGGGGCUUUUAAAAUAUUAUAGCAGUGAUGAGCAGCUAGCUGAUCCUUGGCUGGCACCCCUAAGCUCCUACCACCCACUCCUUUGGGGCAGAGGAACACCUUCAGUUUGCCCCUGAAUUUUGCCAUGGUCCCGGCAGCCUUCAGGGACCCAGGCUGAGCCCUUCAGGGGACUUGGGGAGGCCAGAAGAACCUCUUCCACUGGAGCUCCACCACAGAAUCACAGAAUUGUAGAGGCAGAAGGGACCUCGAGGGUCAUCCAGUCCAAGCCACUGCAACGCAGAAAUCCCCUUGCCUCCCUCUCUGCUGUCAGUGCAACGGGGAAUAGCAUGGAAGGGCAUCCUGGCUUGCAGAAUAUCAGCCCAAAAUCCCCCUCUUUCAAACCACCCUCCUCACUCUGGCACAGCUGUGGAAAGGCUGCCCACAGCUUUUCAGCUGUUGGGACAGUUUGUUGCAAAACCUGGUGAGGGAGAAAAGAAGUUCCACUCUGUCCUGCUCACCACCUUCCUGGGCGUGUUGUGGUUCUGUAAUAAUAAUAAUUUAUUAUUUGUACCCCACCCAUCUGGCUGGGUUUCCCCAGCCACUCUGGGUAGCUUCCAACAAAGAUUAAAAAUACAUCAAAAUGUCACACAUUAAAAAUGUCCCUGAACAGGGCUGCCUUCAGAUGUCUUCUAAAUGUCAGGUAGUUGUUUAUCUUUUUGACAUCUGAUGGGAGGGCAUUCCACAGGGCGGGUGCCACUACCGAGAAGGCCCUCUGCCUGGUUCCCUGUAACUUGGCUUCUCACAGUGAGGGAGCUGCCAGAAGGCCCUCAGCGCUGGACCUCAGUGUCCAGGCAGAGCAAUGGGGGUGGAGACGCUCCUUCAGGUAUACUCCUUCAGGUUCUGUAAUCCCCCUGAUGCUUUUGGGAGAUAUAAAGAGAGAGAAGCCAGGCUGGGAGGUGGACUCCCCACUUUGUCUGCCCCACCAUGAUGUCUGGUGGUUUGGUGCUUCUUGUGGGGCUCCUUGCCCUCUGGAUUGAGCUGACACCCACCUCCAAAACAGAUAGAUCUAGGUAAAGCAACUGACAAACACAGAGUUGUCCGUUCCAUUACUGUUGCAGUGGCACACAGAGCAGAUAUCUGCAGGGAUUCAAUGUCUGUUCUGCCCAAAGCUGCAAAGUCCCUUGGAAGCAAGAGCCAGUGACCACAGCAAAGGAUGGUUUUGCAGAUCUCUGCUUGAGGUCAAGUAGGCAGGCUCCCCAAGGGGACCACCCCCUGCAAAACAACAAUGCAGCUGUGCUUCUUCAACUCAGCCACCAGGACAUGUGCAUGUUGUGCACCUGGCACCUGUGGAGGUAAUCUGACACCCCUACCAGGGUGUGGCAAGUGAAAGACCUGCUGGGGCAAGUGCAAAAAGUGCCCAGUGAACAAAGGUGGGUUUCUUCAAGGCAGCUGUUCUUCUGCUCCCCCUUCAUCCACACACCUGCAUUCCCCCUACCUGAGAGCAUCCAGUGCAGGAGUCCUAAUGAGACUUGACCUGGCCCCGGUGCCUCAUACCUCGUGAGACAGGAGCCCCAGGGAGAUCAGGCAGAGCCCUUCUCCUAGUUACACCACAGAUUUGGUGUCCAUGGAGACACUUCACUAGGCCUCCCAUGGGAGAUAGCCUUGGCGUGUGUUCCUGACUUACUUGAGGCAGAGGAGGUCCUGCCUUAGGCAGGGGUGCUGCUGGGCGGUGAGUCUGAGGGAAUCCUCAGCCCUCAAGGGGGUUGGAGGCAAAUGUUACAGGCUGAGGCAGCUGGUCAGCCAAGGAGGGCACCCCUGAGAGCCCAAUGUCAUUACACUAGAGUAAAGGGCUCUUGCAGGGGAGGGAGGACCAAGAGGUAAAGGGUCUGAAAACAAAAUGUUAUGAGGAAUGGUAGAGGAAAUUGGGUCUGCUUAGCCUGGAGAAGAGACGACUGAGAGGAGGUAGGAGAGCUAUCUUUGAAUACCUGAAGGGCCACCACAUGGAAGAUGGAGCAAUCUUGUUUCCUGUUGCUCCAAAAGGCAGGACUUGUUCUGCUCCUGAGCUGCUGAGAGUGCAGGGACCACCCUACAGCAGGGGUGGGGAGCUAUUGGGAAGUCUAGUUUUGUGUGUGGUUGGACAGUGUCCUCGAAGCUACCAGCAUGAGUUUGACCAAACUGUGGGAGGCAGUGGAAGACAGGAGGGCCUGGCGUGCUCUGGUCCAGGGGGUCACGAAGAGUCAGACACGACGAAAUGACUAAACAACAACAACAACAAAGUUUUGUGUGACACCUCAGACCCCUGAGCAGAACAGAGCCCACCUUAGGAAUCCUGGGCUCCUCUGAAUACUGGACGCAAAGGAGCUCCAUCCCACAUGAAGAGAAAGAGCCAUAGCUGUCAACGUUUCCCUUUUUUAAAAGGGAAAUUCCCUUAUUCCAAAUACGAUUCCUCACAAGAAAAGGGAAAAGUUGACAGCUAUGGAGACAGCCUCUCUGGCCAAAGACAUCUCUCAACCUUGGAAUUCUGCUCUGUUGCAGAGAAACCUGGGCAAUGUCCUGGGGAACAGCCAGGUAUGGCCGGAAUCUGCGUGGUGAACUGUGAGGAUGACUGGUCAUGCCCUGGAGCUCAGAAGUGCUGCGGGAGUUGCCCACGAGAUUGUGCUAUUCCUGUCAGAGGUGAGACCAUUUAUUCUGCAGAGGGUGGGGUGGGAUAGGAAGCUCUUCUUCUUCAUGAAUCAAAGCCAUUGUGACUUAUGAAGAAUUGCAGAAUCUCUAAGCUCUGAAGAUUCAUGGAGGAGGAGAGCUAUCCAGGGUGGUGGCCCUCACUGCCUCCUGUUAAACUACCAUACUUUUCUGUGUAUAAGACGUGUUUUUUUCCACCAGCUGGCAUUCAGAAGCAUCGCUGUCUCCAACCAUGGAGGCAAACAGUGCCAUCCUGCGAGAAGUCAUCGAGAACCCAGCUGGUUGAUUGGCUGCUGCUGUGGCAAUUGGCAGCGUCAGUCAGGCGGGUGAGCGAUUUAUGGCACCCCCCCCCCGAAAAAAGCUCAACAACUCUGGGCAAUCUCCCUCCUGUGUAUAAGAUGCGUCGGCAUCGCUGAAUCCACCAACCAUCUGCCCACUUGCCACCAGCAGCCACCAAUCACCUGCCCAAUUGCCACAGCAGGAGCCAAUCAACAGCAGGCCUUGCCACAGCCACCAAUCACCCACCCAAUCACCUCUGGCAAUCUCCUGCUUGUGGCUGCAAGCAAUCGCCCAUCCUCCCCUCUGCACUAUCUGUGUAUAAGAUGACCCCCAAUUUUUAACAUUCUUUUGUAAUUAGAAAAACAUAUCUUAUACAGGAGGCAGUGAGGGCCACCAACCUGGCUUUAAAAGAGGAUAAGAAAAAUCCAAGGAACAGGUUAUAUUGAGGGCUCCUACCCAGGAUGGCUCUACUCUGCCUUCACAGUCAGAGGCAGCAGUGCUUAUGAAUACCAGUUGCUGGAAACUGCAGGAGAGGAGAGUUGCUCUCGUGCUUGAAUUAUCCUUGCUUGUUCCCAAUGGGCAACUGUUUGGCCACUGUAAGAACAGAAUGCUGGACUAGAAUAAAAGGUCUCCACACCAAACAUUCUCACCCCACCCUCCAAAGGACAUUUUGGUUCUCUAGCUGCGGGAAUAUGCUUGAGCUGCAGCUCACCAUUUGGGGAGGGUCUGAGAGCCUUGGGGUUCUUUUGUGUUGCAGAGAGGUCUGGAAGAUGCCCUAUACCACCUCAAGGUACCGUGACAACCUGUGAAUUACGGUGUGUGAAUGACUAUGAAUGCCCCUGGCCCAAAAAGUGCUGCAAAUAUGGGUGCAAGACAGACUGCUUCUACCCCGUCUAAGGUGAGUUAAUCCAAAUCAUCCUUGGGUUACCCUGGAGGCAGUUGUCAGAGAAAUUUCCCUUGGGAGUUCCAGUACUGAGGGUCACACCAAACUCCCCGCUGGUCAACAAGAGCUUUCCAUUAUGACUCCCUCUGUAUAGGAAAAAUAUACACCAUCUUAGCUGUUCAUCCUCUGGUCAACAAUUUAUGACACCCCCACUGCCCCACCAUUGCUUCAUCCAACCACAGUCCUCUAAAUGCAACUUUACUCAACCCAUUUUCACCAGCAGAACCCCCAUUGUACCUUAUAUGGAGUCGGUCUUCACUUUAAUUGUCAGUGUUAAGUUCCUCCUAAACUGGUUCUUACCACUUUGUGCUCAGGCUGCACUCUUGUGCAUGCGACACUGGCCUUACUGAUAAUGUGUCAGCAUGGAUGCCUGUCAUCACCCCAAAAAAGCAGUGGAGGCUCCCUCUGGGGUGCUUGUCUUCCUUGCCUCAUUAAAGCAAGGGAGAAGGCUUUGCACAAGGCAUUGGGGACAUGAAUCAAGGAAUACUAUACAGAUAAAGAAUUAUAAGGAAGAAGGAAGAAGUCAAGGAGAUGCCUUUUACUGUGUUGCACCAUAGGGUCAUCAAGCUCAGCUGACGCCUAUACUGGCUGGCAGAAGCACCCCAGGAAUUCCAGCAAGUCUCCUUUCCCAGUCCUACCCAGAGAGGCCAGGGAACUUGGGCCCUUCUGCAUGCAAGGAGUUCUGCCGCUGAGCUACAGCUCUGAAGAGGGUCCUUGAGAGCGGAACUUCAGCCUAUCUUUGGGUUCUUCUUCCUCCUUUUCCUCCUCUUGUCUGACUCUGUUUUCUAUCCUCAGCAGAGCCCUGAAAGAAGUCCACCACCAAGGACAGCAACCAGUCCUGACUUUUCCAGAAGGCUCUGAGCUGGCCCCUGGGAACUUCAACCAGCUAUCUCCCUGCUCCUUCUUCCUCCUCCUGGAGCCCAUUUCACUCAGGUUCCCCUUUGCUAUUUGCAAUAAAUAAACCUGGAUAUUUGCACCUGAA